UUUGUUGUUUGAUAGUGACCCUCCACUAACACGUUCCUUGCAUAACCUCCUCCCCUUCUCUCUCUUUCUCUUUAUCUCUCUCUCUCUCUUAUAAUCAAUCCACUUGGAAUCUUUACCAGUUGUAAAUAAAUCAUCUUGAGCAGAUAAGACCGGUGGUUGAGGCUUGUGAAGAUUUCAGGUACUUAGAUAUUACUUCCGAUUUGAUGCUAUAACACAUUCCUCAAUUAGAUAUUAAUAGCUCAUAAAUGGGGUCUGAAGGGCCUUCAACAGUAACAAUUCAUGUGACCGGUUUUAAGAAAUUCCAUGGAGUUUCAGAGAAUCCAACUGAGACUAUUGUCAGUAAUCUCAAAGAGUAUGUGAAGAAGAAGGGUUCACCAAAGGGUCUGGUUCUUGGAAGUUGCAGCAUUCUUGAGACUGCAGGACAAGGAGCAGUUGUUCCCCUAUACCAGACAUUGCGAUCUGCUAUCAGCGAGCAGGAUUCUUCAAAUUCCAGUAGAAUUAUUUGGGUACACUUUGGUGUUAAUAGUGGUGCAACAAGGUUUGCUAUUGAGCAUCAAGCUGUCAAUGAAGCUACUUUUCGUUGCCCUGAUGAGAUGGGAUGGAAGCCUCAGAAAGUCCCCAUUAUUCCUUCAGAUGGAGGAAUUUCACAUAUACGAGAGACUUCUCUUCCUGUUGAGGACAUAACAAAGGCCUUGGCAAAGAAGGGUUUCGAGGUGAUGACCUCAGAUGAUGCAGGCCGCUUUGUAUGCAACUAUGUCUACUACCAUUCCCUUCGGUUUGCAGAGCAAAACGGGAUCAAAUCGCUCUUUGUUCAUGUGCCUUUGUUCUUGACCAUAGAUGAGGACACACAAAUGCAAUUUGCUGCUUCCUUGUUAGAGGUGCUUACUUCAUUAAAUUAGCAGUCCAUCAUCAUCCAACCACAUCUGUAUGCCAAAGAGCUUGAUCGAAAAGCUAGUAUGAAGUUGCCACGUUUAUUAAUGUGGAUCAACGCUUCAUAAAUGGAAAUGCUUGAAUAAUCAGGAAGUGUAAUCAAAGCGAAACUGUAUUGAAAGAACAUUCUUAAUUAUGAUGUAUUUUUCCAUAAGUGUUUUCCAGCAGGUUCCGGUAACUUGCCGAAAUUUUUCAAUCCAGUUUGUGAAUGACAUCCCAGUUUGCUCAUGGAGCUUGCUAAUA